GCAUUCUACGGCUCGAGGUAGAAGCCAGCACACGGGGACUCCAGUUGCCCACAUCAGGCUGCGGAAUUUGCAAAAUUGGAGCUGAAUUUGGGCCACACUUGUGCAGAUUCGUGCAUAGCUCGAGGUCUGCGAGCAUCGUUGGCGAUGGCAAUGGUGCUCGUACGAAGCGCGGGGCAGUUACUAAGCGUUCACCCCGGUAUUACAAGAGCUGGACCGCACCGCGCCAGGAUCGCACCUGUUUGCGUGGGUCGCUUCUCCACUUCGCAGGCGUCACCCCAGCGGACGAUUUCGACGUCUUUCUCUGCUGCUUUGAUCCCUUCCACAUUUCAAAGCUUGCAACGCUUGCCACUGAGGGAGGGUGACAUGGAGAGAUUCUUUUGUAGGGCUCAGAAACAGGGGAGCGAGUUGCAAGAAGCUGCGACUCCUAUCUCUGAGGAUUCCCCAGGCAUUCUGCAAGAUUGGCCGAAAUUGGCUUUAUAUUUGUUUGCUCUGGGUUUCUUGCUCGGCCCGCCACUGGAUGGCAUCCACUCGCGCGUGCAGCUGCAAAUUUAUGAUGUUGGAGCAAUCGACAUUGUUGGUCUUCAUACCAAUAUUUGGGUGUUCCCGAUGCUCGGCGUCUUCUACAGCGUUGUGGGAGUUUUGCAGCUUGUUCUUGACAAAUAUUUCGCACGGAAAGGAAAUUUGCCAACUGCAGACCUGCAGAAAGUGGUGUUCUCCUUUAUAACAUUGGCGACCUUGUUGGAGGUUAGCGCGGAGCUCUACAAAGGGGGCGUACCUUUUAACGUUGAGGCCUACACACUCUUUGCAUUGGCAGAGGCCAAUUGGCUCCUCUUUGACAACACGUGGUGGGGUUUCGGGCUUGCCACGCUGGUUGGCAUUGCAUGCCCCCUUGCAGAAAUCCCCAUUAACAAGCUAUUCGGUCUUUGGCAUUACCCCAAAGGCAACAUCGAGAUUUUUGGUGAGAGCACGGUGACAUGGGUUCUUGCAUGCUACUUCUUUUACACACCGUUCAUCUCCAAUCUUGCCCGGUACCUUUCCACAGUUGUGCGCACUCCGUCGUCGCAAAAUCGUCUCGACUAGAGGAUGUAGCACUUGAUGUAGACUAGCAACAGUGUCAAACAUAUUUCGCUGCUGUGCAUGUGUUUAUCAGACUAUAAUGUAUGCAAUACACAAUCCUCACAUUCCUCAUGAAAGUGACAUGAUUGUGUACGCGACUUAGCCUCGUUCUGAUAGACAAGGGCAAAAUCUUAGAAGCACAGCAGAUAUGAUUCGGUGCAACCCAAUUAUCGGAUAACAUGAAAAAUUAGUGGAUUACUGAGAAAUCUUAGGCCAGUAACAUGGUUUAGAAAAUGCCGAGUAACCAACAAGUAUCUGAGAUGAAGACCUACAGUCAACAAAAUGCGACAAUAGCCUUGAUUA